UUGAGUGGGGGUGUGGUUUCGUUCGUGUGAGGAGGGGGGGGGUUGACGAAUGACGCACUUCCGCCCCCACAAGGCGUUGCGCGGGGCCCGCAGGAGGCGGCGAGGCGACAUGGCGGACUUCCUUAAGGGUCUUCCCGUGUACGACGAGAACAACUUCAGUCGAUACCCCGCUGACUCUGUGUGCAAGGCCUCGAGUCGCAGGCCGCCCGUGUACCUGCCGACGCGCGAGUACCCCUCGGAGCAGGUCAUCAUCACAGAGAAGACGAACAUCCUCCUCCGCUAUCUUAACCAGCGGUUGGACAAGCGGAGCUCGGGCAAGAAGCGCGACCAAGGCCAGAUGGACGCGGAGGGCGAGGGUGCAGCACCGCCGCAGAAGAUGCCGCGGCACGACAGCGAAGACAUGAACGAGGACACUUAAAAAAAGAGCCGCCCCGCGCGCUGCCGCUCGUCCGUUUUGGGGGUGGCUACUCGGUCGGCCGUACGGCCGGUUUGUCGGUGGCUCGCUCGCCCCACCCCCUUUGUUCACCGUCAUCACCACCCCCCCCCCCACCCCACCGCCACCCCCGGCGAUCUCGCGUGUCCGGGCGGCGGGAGCGGCACGGGCGUGAGCGGAACCCGCUCCCGAGGCUCGGCGGGGCCCGCUUCCGCUGUGCUUUGGCCAAAACGAAUGCUCUCGUUCGCUCGUGCGCCCGCACGCACACGCUCGCUUACUCAACGUACCCACGAUCGCUCGCCCACUUGUCUCUGCGUACCCGCGCUCACGUGCGCACCUGUUCAUUCACUCACCCGUGUAUACUUGCAUAGUCGAAUGGAGACUCGCCGACCCACACCACGUACGCUCAAUCGCCCAUUGACCCACUGGCGUGUGGUCUUCGAUUCAUUCACUUGCACACCAACCCACUCGUCCACUUACACGGGGUCAGUUGUCUUUUAGUCAUGGCAUCCCACUCGCUCCAACGCACCCACUUAACCGUCUCGUUCACUGAGUCACCCACUCAACCCGCUUGCCAACAUGAGGUGGUUCUUGAUAAUGGUAACCCACUCGCCCACCCACCCAUCCGACCCACUUAACUCGCUCACCCACCCACUCACUCAUCCACCACCCACUCUACUCACCCACCCAAUCUACUCACCCACCCACUCUACUCACCCACCCACUCUACUCACUCAUCCACCCAUCCACUUGACUCACUCUUGCGUACAAAUGGAGCACAACUACAAUUGACGAUGGCAUUUUCCUAUAAAAAAACACACUCGCACUCAUCUCACAAACGACCCUUCCCCUUCUAACAACGUUUUGUUAUAUAUAUGUGUAUAUUAUUUCUUGUCGUUUUCGUCUUUUACGUCUGCCACCCGUCUGUCCGUACGUCUAUUUACUUUUUGUUUUUAGUUUGGCGCGUAACGCUUCCUGCGGACAUUUGCGUUUUGCGCUGUCUCGGACCUCGCGAUCUUUUUGUCAUUGUCCUCCCCCCCCCCCCCUCCUCGUGUCCUCCCCCGCCCCCCCCCUUCCCGUCCCCAAGUCUCCCCUCUCACCGAUGCCCGCAGUGAGCACAGUGUUGCCCACAAGCCCCGUGGACGCGUCACUUUUAAAACGUCACCCGUGAACAUUUUUGCUUCGGCGUGUUUGACUCGGGUCAGCACGCUGGACCUGCGGUCUAGUGGUCACCGAGUCCGUUCUCCCACCGGUGCAACCGACGGUGCAAGUUCACGAAACGCCCCUCCCCUGCCUCUGUGCAGCCAGCAGUUAUUCAUCGAGAUCGCCACAUUUGGACUGCAGGUCGUGUGCGGCGGGGGUGAAGUGUGGGUUACUCCCACCUCUUGGACGAUGUGUUUGUGCAGCGUGUAAGAAGAGUAAGAUGAAAACAACCACUCGAGUGGCUCUUUAGAGCUCAGUCUAGCGGGCGGGGUGCCCCUUUCCCACCGGCAGUGGUGACAGAAAAUUACAGCUGCUCGCGCUCGCCACUGAACAUCAGGGCCACAAGCACGUCCUGGCUGCCUGUCUCUCUGGCGAUCCCCCGACGUCGGUAGGUGCUGCCGCUGAAGUGCGCAGGAGAUGCAGUCGGGGUGUUGCAUUGCCUGUCAAGCAAGUUUAAAAGAGUUAAGAGAAUGCAAUGGGGGCACCCUUACCCUGACUCGGUCACUCACUCGCUCCUCUUUCAAACGAGGGGUGGGGGGGGGGAGGUUGCUACCCGUAAGAAGUUUCUUUCGCACUAAAGCAGCUGCUGUAGUAAAUAAAACUAGGCCCCGUACCUUAACCCUGACCCAUGCCGGUGCUAGCCCAAUUAAAUUGAUGCCAUUUGGUUUUGUAAUUUUGCCGUGUAAAUUUGCAAAUUGAAGCAUGCAAAUCGGUUUAAUUCCAUUUACUUUAGAUUUUCACUCCCCCACCCCCAUGUGGAGCUGUCAACUCAUUCGAGUUUAUUCGAAUGGACUGCGUGGCAAAUGAAUUAUUCCUCUUUCGGUUUAAUUUUAUUUUAUUUAAGUCAUCGUGGGAGUGUCAAGUUGAACGUUCUCCUGCUAUAUUUAAACGGUAACGUUUCAUAAAAACCGACUAGCGUCAUCUCUCGACGGCACUGAAACGCAACUGGCAUGAAUGGUCCUACGUGCGGGGGAGGGGGGGUCUUGGUUUGUUCCUGCAAUGAUGAUUCCUUCGCCAAUUUGGUGGGAUGUUUACCAAAAGUAAAACACUCCCGUGUGUGCGCGUGCGCCAAGUCAUUUCACGCGCUGCGUUGAUUAUCACCAACAUUGCUAAGCCUCUCCCGCUAUGGGGAACAACAAAUCCUUGAAGCUAAAACCUGUCACUGCCUCAUCGUUCUGAUGUGGAAACCGGAUGGGAUUGCUUUUUUUUUGCGGAGGAAAGAGGAUUUUUACUGCAGCAGCUGGUCACCGUGAAGCUCACUUUGCGGUUCCUCGCGCUUGUCUGAACACGGUAUAUAUGACGCCGAGAUCAAACGUAUCGAUGGAUACAUUUUUGGGGUGGGGGUAAAGGAUAUGGUGGUGAGAGUGGAUGAGUGUGUGCAAAUUAAAUGUUUUGUUAUUUUUAAAAACAAUUUGCGGUAUAAGCAGUGUACGGAAGGAUGGAGGAUGUGUACCCUUCGUUUUGCUUAAGGUAUUUCUGCAGUGCCAAUGUCUCUCUACCUUUGGUGACAACAGAGUUCACCGUGGAUUGACAAUUCAGGUGUGACGUGCAUUUGGAUCUCUUGGAUGUCCGUUUUCCACCGCAUCUGAGCCAAGCCAGCCGAGCGUCAAUUGUUUUUUUCCCCCGCUGGUUAUUUUGCUGCGCCGCAAUCAAAUCGCUGGACUGGCCUAACAAGACGAGGGCCAGGGGGGUCGGGCUAAUGCGUUUAUUGCGCGAGGAGAAUCCCGUCAAUUCGACUUAACCACAGCGUCACCGUGUCGCCCCCCCCCCCCCCACGCAUGUCCCGGCUUGCUCGUUGCGUGCGCCGUCAACACGGCAUCUCGUGCAGACGCGUUUAGCGGCGUGGACGAUAGCGCGCAUCGAGUUCCACAACCCGGACAGCACCAGGGGGACCGGCUUGGCAUGGCCCCAGCGCGGCUUGGGUUUGGCAGUGGAAAUUGGAUGUUAACGAGCGGCGACGUCGUUUGUUGGCCCGACAGCAGGGGGCGACUCGACGGUGCCGGUUUGGAGGGGGGGGGGGCAGUGGCGAUUGCCACGUCUGCAUUUCUUGGGCGAUGUAAAAGUUGAACAUUUGUAUUGACUGGGUGACCGGUAGUGCGCAUAGCUCAUUGUUUUAUCAUCUUUGAAAGUUACAUGCUUAAAAAGAAAACGGGGAGGAAAAUUUGGGUUACAGAAAAUCUAGAUUUUAUAUUUGGACUCGAUACCCUUGAGAACCUUUUGAGGAUUGUUGAAAUUUUUUUUUAUAUAUAUAUACCUGCCCCAAAAUUUGAAGGGUCUUGAAUACAAAUAAUUUAGGUGUUCAGAUUUUUUUAUGUCAUUUGUAUUUAGCACCCUUUAAAAACACUGCGGGUACAACCGUCCACGGUCAUAGCUUCAAAAACUUAACUUCAAAUUUUGACCCAAAAUUUGUUAGCCUGAAAUUUAAAAAAGUUGGCUUUCGAAUUCAUUGGAUUGAGCGCAGACACGAUAUUUGUCAAAUGUCCACUAUCAAGCCCUAUGAAACAAUAAAAAUGUACUUGUGCCAGCAAGUCAGGAUUAUCUAUAGAGAUAACUAUGAUGUGACAUGUUCAAUGGACUACUGCUGUACUCCCACCGGAUUAUUUGCCGAUUGCUCACUGUCUGUGCUAGAACAUCGCCUAAUAUUUCGCUUUUAAAUUGUUCGCCGCUAAAAUCCUACAAAAAGAAUUGUCUUUAACCUAGGUGUUUAUGAAGAAAAAAAGAUUAUCUAAUUGGGUUCGCGGCCGAAUGAACAGAGGCACACAUGCAGCUCCGUGUGCCCGCAGAUUAAAACCAAAGCUAUCCCAGGGGUCUCAAUCCUCUUGGGUUGAGCCACCACCGGCUGUUUCCUGAAGCCCCGCGCCGCUCCAAGGUGGUUUCUGCCACCAGAGGAAGAAGAAUGUAGCCAAUACUCGACCGCACGAGUUUCCUCAUCGCAAUUACCUUCAGACGAUGGUCAACUCAUCACUUCCUCGUGCCCACUUGUGCAUUCUUUUGAGACUUCAGCUGCUGUAGUUUUUUUAUAUGUAAAUAAAAGUCUGGCCCAAUUCGAAUUGACUCAGUCGGCAUUUUUUUUUACCCGUGCUUUUUUGUUACAUUAAUUACUAAACUUUAAUUCGACCGAACAUUUUGGCCGUGUUAAUGUGGAGUGUAGAGCGAGCAAAUUGAGUUUGAUUCCUGUCCACGGCUAAACAUCAGUGGCGAGUGAUAUCUGCAGUUCCUGGGUUACCUCAUCGACAAUGCGCACUAGCCGGCUUGAUAAAAGUGUGGUCACACCGACUAUGAUAAGGGUAGGCGUGCAUCCUGCUUCUCUUCCCUUAAAACAACCCCCAUCUCUUCUCCCUGCCCCCUCCCCCCAGCGACAUUUAGGAAAACCUCAAUCCUUGUCACUACUUCUAACCCUAUCUCUACCCCAACCCGUCACUACCCCCCAACCCCUGUAACUAUCACUACCCCAAAACCCAUAAGCAUACCCCAACUGCCUGUUCUGUCACCGUAACCACAUCACCACUUUUCAUAAUAACCACACUCUUCAUCUUAACGACUACCAUCUUAUGUACAAUGUUUUAUGUUGUAAAGCGCCCAGGAAUAAGGCGCCGACAUACAUUUUUCACAAGAUACGAAUUUUGACCCAAGCUGGUGAUCCUCGUCGUCGUAGAGACACUGGCUGCCAGACUUUUAUUUCGGCUGUCGACAGAGCACGGGAUGAUCGAUGAAAACUCCCAAGCGGUGUGCACCUUGCGUUUAAGAAUCGCCGCUUUAUUAAUUCUCCAAGAAACUGCGGUGGAUUCGGCAUCGCUGACACCACGUGGAAUGAAUUACUUGGCUCAUUUGCUUCGAGCGUCGGUGCCCACUCCAUGGGGACUAACUCCUUGUAACUGCAGUUAACGUUGUUUGAUGAGGCGACAAGCGAGGUUGUUAGCCCCUUCGGAGGCUCCGCGCAGCGACAAGGCACGUGUGCGAUGUACAUUUUAACUGGAGGUUUCUCGCACCAGUAGAGGUUUUUUUUUAAGUAUUUUUUAAAAAAUCACCUUUUUGGGAUAAACGCCCGCACAAAUGUGAAGGCUCAAUCCGAUAGGGUGCAGAAACCUUGGGUGGCCGUGUGCGGAGUUGAACCAGGCCUGCACGUUUGACAUCGACCAUUUUUGUAUGUCUUUAUUUUUUUUAAAACUGUUGUUGCUGUUCCGGGCAACUUAUCGUUAAAUCCACAUUUUCUGGGUCCUCUCUAUUGGGGGAGGGAUGCCCUUAUUGUGAUGGGUUGGUUGAGCUUGGGCGAUUUUUGACAAAACAGUUCCUCUUAUUCGGUCACCCGUUGGUUGUAUCGAGAAUAAUUGUAAUGCCAUUUACUCGGGAUUGACCGAGCCUGUUUUCCCUAACAUUUUACUUCUGUGAAGUCCCUUCACAAAUGGCAAAUCUACAUUCGUUGUAAAAAAAAAAAAGUCGUUUGCAGAAUUAGAAUUUGUAAAUCCCUCACCGUUUGCUUUUUUCUGCCAUUCCGCACGAACGAUUGCCGUUUCUCACGCACGUUGCCCAAAUCUGCUUUCCUUGCACAUGUCUCGUUUGCGGUUCCGGUUUUGAUCCGUUCACCUUACUUGGUAUUGGUAGCAACGGCCAAAUCUUGUUCCCCAGCGUGCGCCUCCCCACAAAAGGCCGGCGUUUCGACGGCGGCCGUUUUUGAGUUCAGCUCGUCGCUUGCCAUCGCACGGUGGAAGAUUUCAGCAUUCGUGCACACGGCCCAACUGCGUUGCCGCUCUCCGCAAAAACGGACAGCGGCGCUUUUGUUUUGAAAAGAAAAUAAUGAAAAGAAAAACAUCCAACGAACAUAAACGAUUUAAGGAGUUUAAUCUAAAAAGUAACCAAAUGUCUGAAAAAGCAGGCUUUUACAAGUGGUAACUUUCUAAAAUGGUUAGCAGCCCGAGUGUUGGCCAUGCACACAGCUGUAUGUAGUGUGUUUGAAUAAAGUGUUUUGCGGAUAAGACA